AUGAAUAAAGUAUAUGUUAAGGUUGGUUUAGCACUUUUAAGUCUCGCAGGAUAUAUGCAAAAUGUAGCAAUUUCAAGCGAAGCUUCUAGAAAUAGUGCUAGUCAUUCCUCUGGCCUCCGCCAAAAUAAUGACGCAAGAUUUAAGAAACACAAAAACAUCGUAUGUGAAAACAUUGAUGAAGCUUUACUAGCAUUAAAGAAUAUAAACGAUGCUUCAGAACUUUUACUAAAACUUGCUGAGAAUACGGAUGGUUAUUCGGCCUAUUCCACAGAUAAUAAAAACGGAACUGUAUAUUCUAAGAAAAUUGGAAAUGUAGAUAUUGGAAAGCUUCAUGUUACCAUUCCAUCUUCCUCUAAAUACGAAGAUGUAUUAAGGAAUCUCUGGGAUUACAAUGAUCCCACAAAAACAUAUAAAAAGUUUAUUAAUGGGAAUAUUGCUCGUAUAUACUGCAAAUAUUUAAUCAUAGUUGAAAAAAAAAACAGAGAUCCUGUUUAUAGAUCCCUUGUAAAAAAAUAUGCUUUAGCUUCAAUAGUUAAGCAAUCAGAUGACAUAGCUGUAAUUGUUUGUCCUUCAAGAAUUUUAAAUUAUCUCGGUGAAAUCAAUGAUGAACCUAAUAUGAAAGAAAUAUUAGAAAAUACACAACCAAUCGAAACAGGCAUUGGUGCUGAGGAAGCGUUAACCAAAUUGGCUAAUAACCUAUCCGGGUUUAUAAUUAAAAAACGCGACGAUGACGUUGAAGUUACUUAUAUCAACGCUAUUUUUGAGCAUGACAAUUCCGCCGCCGAUAAAAGAUAUAGAAAUAUAACAUAUAGAAAUAUUCUAAGAUUAGCAAAGCGCAUUUGA